GUUUAAAUUUAAAAUGUACUGGGCGGUUUGCAGCGCUUGAACGUCAGGUACGGACUUGAGUGUGAAGAAAGCUGUUCGCGUUUGAUGCUGUUUUACUCGUCGUUCGAGGAUGAGUGUGGUUGCCGUGAACGAUGAAAACUUUGGCGUGGAUCCUGCACGAAGCUGCAUCAGUUUGGAGACUUGCGAUAUCCUGCAGCCCACAGGAAGACCCUCCAUCUUGCGCCAGUCCCAAAAGGAAAACAUGCCUCCUAAAAGCUUGGCAAAGGGAGUGAAGGUCUGUUUUCAGACGCCCUUGCGAGACCCUGUGACGCGCAAGAUUGUCUCGUCAAACAAGGGAAGCCAGGUGGAGCGUGCUGAUGGUCUGGAUGACUGCACCAAGGCUAUGGAAACUCUUUCCCUGGAAAACCACCCUGCUGCCAUCACAGGUGCUUCAUGUUUGGAAUCCAAAGAAGUGGCUUCAUUUGAUGAACCCAUGUCAGAUGGAAAUGGAUUCAACAUGACUGAUGUUCAUUUUCCCGAUGAUGGGAUAAGAAUUGAAAGCAAAGGAGAAUACAGUAUUGAUUUUGACCAUCUUGAUGCAAUUAAUCCUUUUAAAAGCUCAAGUCAGGUUGGGAAUUCCCCAGUUAAGGCUAUGAAUACAGUGGAAACCCCAGCUCAGAUGGCAGUCAGUCCAGAGAGGGGUGUUUCAGAGAUCACCUCUGCGGAUGACUCCAUGUCAACCACACUUCCAAUUUCUCUAUCAAUGGAUAAUUCGGAUGCUGGACUGAAGACCGAAGUGGUUAACAGCCCUGUUGUAAUUAAAGCAAGGGAUGCGUCCAGUUUUGAUAUACCAGAAGAUGCCAAAAAUGAGUCGGAUGAUAUUGUACUCAAGGCAGAUGACAUUCUGGACAACUUGGACCGCACUGCCCCUCUUUCAUCUUCACUGACUCUACAGAACUCCCCACUCCCAGCUAAAGGCUCCUAUGCUGUUGAUUUCGAUAGUCUGGAUUCCAUCAAUCCUUUCAAGACUGGAGGCUCAAAGCUCCAAAACUCUCCUGUCUGUGGAUUGAGCCAGCCCAGUACCACUUCCGCACUUACUACAGAGGUGCCUCAGAGGCUGGAUUUGAACCAGUCUGCUGCAGAACCUCUGAAGUGUGGACUGGCUGAGGAUGUCUUGGAGUUGGGUUUGAUCCCAGACUCGUUCAGUAAAGAAGGUGCCAAGCCACCAUUGCAAGAAACCCCUGGGCCUGAGGUCAGCACCACCGUCCCCACAACCUCUUUAAUAAAGGAUGACCCUCCUAGAAGUGAUGCUGACAAGCCAACUGCUAACGCUCCUCCACAGCUGAAGGAUGGACCAGUGAAGCUGGAGUUUAACUUUGACGACGGACAGGCCAAGUGUAAGCCGCCUCCGAAGAAGUUGGGGAAGAGGCCAGCUGGUGCCAAGGCCGUGCUGAAAAACGCAGUUGCAGCAGAUGGAAAACGCACCCAGACCAAACCCUUACCAGAAGACACCAAGCCUGCUGAAGCUGACAUUCCCAUUCCUAAAGCAUCCUACAACUUUGAUUUCGAUACGUUCGAUGAUCCCAGUUUUAACCCCUUUGGGAUGGGUUCAAAAAUCGGUAAUUCUCCAGAACGUCCAUCCAAGUUGGACAGUAGUUGUGAGGUUGGCAUGGUGCAAGAGACUGCUUCCGAGGCUGCAGUUUCCCAGCCGACCGUGCCGGAGGAAAAGCCUGGAGAAGACGAAGUUGGUGGUUCCAGAGGGACUCUAUCAUUGACUGAGGUGAAAUCUACUGUUAUUCAGGACUCUUCAACAAACAAAACCGAGACUUUUGAACUGUGCGAUAAUGGUGGCAGUGCCAAAGAGAGAGAGCCUAUAGCCAUUUUUGAGAAUCUGGCCGAAGAGUGUCCUAGAAGCCUGACGGAAUCGGCGCAGAAUGCAACAAAUACCAUCACGUCAAAUUCGGAGUUGGCAUGCAAUGAGAUAUUUAUGUCGGGGACAGAAUUUCUUUCUGGAGGAUUUGAUGACCCAAUUGAUUAUCUGGAGCAAUUUGGGUCAUCUACAUUCAAAGAAUCAGCCUUGAGGAAGCAGUCGCUGUACAUGAAGUUUGACCCUUUGCUCAGAGAGAGCCCCCAGAAAUCUGCUCCCCGAUAUGCAGAAAUGAGCGGAGUUCAACUCCCACUUCCUCUUGCGUCUCGGAUGGAGGCACUUAAGGCUGGAGCUGAGAGCAUGCAGAAGACUGAAGACAAGCACGGAGGACUCAGCUUUCUUGAAAGCUUCCCAACAGCAGAAGCAGAUCUGCUGGCACCCACAGGCCCCAGUGCCUUAGGUUCUUUAGUUCCCGAUUUCCCUCUUCCAGGAGCUGGUGAAGAUGCCAUUUUUGAUGUUCUGAAAUACAGCCAGAAAGACAUGGAUGCUGCCAUUGAGAGAGUCCGCCUGGAGGUGAAGGACAAAGAGUGUGAAAUUGCAGAAUGGCAGGACAAAUAUGAAAAAUUACGUAUAGAUUACCAAGAAAUGGGGAAAAUCGUGUCUGGUUUUGAAGCAACAGUAGCUCAAAUUAUGGAUGAAGGCCAGAAGCAGAAGGAAGCUGCUAGUUUAGAAAUCGAGAAGGCCCUUCAGGAGAAACAGCAGGUCCUUCUGGACUUGAACUCAAUGGAAAAGUCUUUCUCCGACCUCUUUAAGAGGUUUGAGAAGCAGAAAGUAGUGAUUGAAGGCUACAGAAAAAAUGAAGAAACGCUGAAGAAAUGUGCUCAGGACUACUUGGCAAGAAUCAAAAAGGAAGAGCAAAGAUAUCAGACACUCAAGGCACAUGCUGAGGAGAAGAUAGGCCUUGCCAAUGAAGAGAUUGCCCAAGUGAGAUUAAAGCUGAAGGCGGAAACGGCAGCUUUGCAGGCACAGCUGCGCCGGGAACAGGUGAAAAUCCAGUCGUUGGAGAGAAGCCUCGAACAAAAGGAAAAAGAGAAUGAGGAACUCACCAAGCUUUGUGAUGAACUCAUAGUGAAUGUGCAAAAAACCUGAGAUUAUUAACAUGAUUUAUUUGUUCUGUUUUCUUUGUCUGAUCUAUUGGUUUUUAUAAAUGUUGUAGAUAAUUCUUUGUUCAUAGAAAUAAAGCAACAAUGCAGGAUCCGCUGACUUACUGCUAAUGAGUGUUGUGUUACUCAGAUAUUAAACCUGUGGGUCUCUGUAAUUUAAAGCAAUUUUUUAAACCUC